ACAAACACUCUGAUAAGGGUGUCUUUCUGCUUGGAUGGCUUUUAGUUUCUGUCGUCUUCACUGACAUAGCCUUGAUGCUAUGUCUGUAGGAAUACUGCUGCAGUAGUUGCUGUUGUUUUUUUUUUGUUUGCUUUUCUUUAAUUAAAAGGAGCCCUUAACAGGACAGUCCCUUCAGAAAAUUAUCUUAGCUACUGAGUUUUUCCCCUGAUGAUGGAAGCCUGUGGACCACUGUGGAUCUAGGAUGUUGUUGCAGAUAAAUUGGAACUAGUGUGUGUUGGGCACGGACAGCUGGGAGGUGAGGAGUUGGAGGAGGGUUGUGCUCUGCCAGGAAGAGCAGCUCAGGUGCACAGUGCCCUGCUGUGGGAUCAGGACGGGUCUGUUCACAGCUUGUGGGUCAGGAUCAGGGGGGUGCCUGCUACACACCAGCCAGUGUAAAAGAGGAAGUAUGCAAAGCCUUUAGAACAACUGGGAGACCCUUAAAAGCCUUUGGAAGAACCUGUAGGACCAACCAGAAGAAGUUCCUUGGUUGCAGGCACUGCAGUCAGAUUCCAUCAUUGAUUUUGGUGCAUAAAUGUCUUGAUAGAGAAGAAAAUGAAGAAAUAAAGGGGAAAAAAUGAGAGGGCUCCUUCCAUCCAUUGUAAUAGAAGAUCACAACUUUGGCCCAUGAGAACUAAAGUUUUAGCUGAAGAUGACAAACUGAUGUCACCUCACAAAGUCUUGGAACCACAAAUUCUCAAAAGAAACCUGGAGAACGACCCAGAUCAGGGUGGUUUCUCAGCCAUCCAUUCUUCUGCACAAGCAACUUCUUUUGGGGGCUUUGGUGAUGACGGGGGCAGAGAGAAGAAGGAGAGCGGUGUGGGGGAAGAUCCGGGCUGUUCGCUGUGAAGAUAUCAAGGAGUGGUGCGUGAGGCGGCUGCCCAUCUUGGAGUGGGUGCCCAUCUACGACUGGAAGGAAAAUCUGGUUCCCGAUAUGGUGUCUGGGAUGAUGCUGGCCAUCCAGCAGGUGACUCAAGGAUUGGCCUUUGCUGCUCUCUCUUCAGUCCAUCCAGUUUUUGGUUUAUAUGGUUCAUUCUUCCCUGUCAUUAUAUAUGCCAUAUUUGGAAUGGGACGUCAUGUUGCAACAGGAACUUUUGCCUUAACUUCCUUAAUAUCUGCCAAUGCAGUUGAACGUCUUGUUCCUUCCAUUGGCACUAAUUUCACUUCAAACAAUAAUUCAGGAAUCUUGGGCCUGUCAGAGUUUGAAAUGCAGAGAAUUGGAGUUGCAGCAGCAGUUUCAUUUCUUGGAGGAAUCAUUCAGGUAGCGAUGUUCAUGCUGCAGCUGGGCCAUGCCACCUUCUUGUUAACAGAACCAGUGAUCAGUGCAAUGACCACAGGAGCUGCAACACAUGUUGUGACUUCACAAGUGAAGUACUUGCUGGGAAUGAAAAUGCCAUACAUAUCAGGACCACUAGGAUUUUUUCAUAUUUAUGCCUACAUAUUUGAGAACAUCAGAUCGGUUCAACUAGAGACUUUACUUCUCUCCUUGCUGAGCAUUGUGGUGCUUGUUCUUGUUAAGGAAUUGAAUGAGAAAUUUCAGAGAAACAUUAAAAUUGUUCUUCCUAUCGAUCUAGUUUUGAUAAUUGCUACAUCCAUUGCCUGCUGCUAUGCUGACAUGGAAUACGUCUAUGGGCUAGAAGUUGUGGGACAUAUUCCUCAAGGGCUGCCACCACCAAAACUGCCACCCAUGAAUGUCCUAUCUGAAGUAGUCACAGAAGCUUUUGGGGUAGCACUGGUUGGUUACGUAGCAUCACUAGCUCUAGCCCAAAGCUCUGCUAAAAGGUUUAAUUACACUGUGGAUGAUAACCAGGAACUUUUGGCUCAUGGCCUCAGCAACGUGAUUCCUUCAUUUUUCUUUUGCAUACCAAGCGCGGCAGCGAUGGGACGGACGGCACUGUUAUAUAGUACGGGCGCCAGAACACAGGUGGCUUGCCUUAUCUCCUGUGCAUUAGUUCUUGUGGUGAUCUACACGAUUGGAGCAAUGCUGUACUGGCUGCCCAUGUGUGUGCUAGCAAGCAUUAUCAUUGUGGGCUUGAAGGGGAUGCUAAUGCAGUUCCGUGACUUAAAAAAAUAUUGGAAUGUGGAUAAAAUAGACUGGAGCAUAUGGGUUACUACCUACAUGUUCACAAUCUGCUUUGCUGCUAACGUGGGAUUGUUGUAUGGUGUUGUCUGCACGAUAGUAAUUGUGAUUUUCCGCUUUCCCAGAGCAAAGACACUGAAUUUGAAAAAUAUGAAAGAAGUGGAAUAUAAAUACAAAACUGAAGAUAAUUGUGAAUCAUUAAAACAGGUAACCGUAGUUUCAGUCAGCAACCCAUUAGUCUUUCUCAACGCCAGAAAGUUUCAUGCAGACCUGAUGAAGAUAAUCCAGAAGGACAGCAUGAGCAGCCAGGCACGUGAAGAUGUAAACAAGUGUGAGCAGAACACAUUACUCUGCUCAUUUUCCAAUGGAGGUUGUCAUGGCGAGUCGCUGCAGCCAGGUCAGAGUGAGCGACGCAUUUUGAUAUUGGACUGCAGUGGUCUGAAUUUCUUUGACUACACUGGAGUCUCCAUGUUGCUUCAGAUUUACAUGGAUUGUAAAAACAGACACAUUGAAGUGUUGCUCGCAUGCUGCAAAGCUUCCUUGAUUAAAGCAAUGCAGUAUGGUGGAAAUCUCGAAUCUGAAAACCCCAUCUUCUUUGAGUCUAUUUCUUCAGCAAUCGGUGCCAGUCAAAUUCCCAGGAAAUACAGCAAGUUCACCGAACAGAGUGAAGUGUGAUGUCAACCCAUCCAAUGUGGAUAGUUUGACCGGCUCAUAUGCAGAAUGAACUACACCACGGUUUCUUGUUAGCUUUUUUUUUUUUUUCUCCAGGAGAUAUCAUAGAUGCUAUUUUAUAUGCCAUUUAUGUUUAGUGCACUCAGUAAUGACAGAUCUGCCAUUCAGAACAUUCCGCUGCCAUCUCUCAGAGAUUGUUCCUAUAGUUGAUCUACAGUGGUUUUUAUAAUACUCUUAUACACAUUUAGAGACAAAUUAUUAGAAAGCAGAUGUGGGGUACUGACUGUGUUUAACAGUGAGAUAUAUUCUUUUAGAUAUCUUCUAUUAUAACGUUAGUUGUAAUAUGCAUCCGUAGUUUUGUGCAUGGAAUAAUGAGACAUUAGGAUUUCUUAAAAGCACAAUGUUAUAAUUGAUACAUUAUAUUUGGAAAAGCCAUAUACCAAUGCAUACUUUGUUUCUGGUGGAGUUAUUUACCCUUUUCGUUGUUCAAGACAGCUAUUUACAGUAACAGCAUCACAACACAGCUAACAUAUCCUUGAAUUUUUCGUACAUGGUUACUGUAGGAUUUUUUAUGCCUGCCAAGGUCAGUGGGAGCACCAUUUGUUGAAAGAAGGCAGAUGUAUGUUGGUAGGGUUGUCUCCCUCUCUAGUAGAUGUUGUGAGUUAUUAUAACGGUUUGCUAUAUUUUCAGUGCCAUGGGUAUUCUUUAGCUUAGAUUAAAGAGGAAAAACUGGUCAUAUUUUUUCAAAACUUUUUCUUGUUUUCAGCACAGUCAUCUGCAUUUCCAGCUUGAGCUGUUGUUUGGUCAGUGCUGGAAUUUGAUCAUGUAAGAAGUAAGUUUUAUUUGUUGCCCAAAGUGCAUUCAUGUCAGAUGAAGUAGUUGAUUGCAAAUGUCUUUGACAGGUUAUAACAGGCAAUAACAUUUAAUUAUUAAAUUCUUCAGACAGUCUUAGUGAUUUAUGAACACUUCAGACACUAUUUAUAUUGCACUUUCAUUGUAGAAGAAUCAACUGUAUGUCAGAGCUGAAUGGAGAACUCUCCUUAACACAAGCUGAAUAAAUGAAUAAAAGUCUUCUUUUCUAUUAAGUUCAGUAUUUAUUCUUUGACAAUUAUAUGCAUUUUCUGAAAAUUUAGAGAUAUGUUGGUUAAAACAUGGUCUUUAGAAAAGAAAACACCUACCAUGAGACCUUCAAUUUUGUUCUGAAUAAUCUUGUUAACAGUAAUACAGAUGCUGUUAAAAUUAUUUGUACUGUCAGUGCUUGAUGAAAUCCUUGGCAACUCUGCAUCAAAUUAAAAUUUUUUUACUGCUAAUCAAAAUGGUUUCCAUUUUCCCCAGUGUUCAAUAGAAAUAACUUUUCUACAGCUGGAUUUUAGUAUCAAUUUCAACCUAAUACAGAGUUUAGUAACUUCAACACUCUUCUGUAUAGACUGUCCACUAGCUUCCCUCAAGUUCAUCAGCAAAUAUUAGUCUGUAUAUAGGUAGGAGUGUAUCCCAAACUUCCCAUUAGUUACUCUAUGUAUGGCCUCAAGUUGCACCAGGGGAGAUUCAGGCUGGAUGUUAGGAAAUACUGCUUUUCUGUAAGAG